UUUCUGUUUCAGUGUCCUAGCUUUAAUAGUUUCCUUAUUUUCACUUCUAAUUAGAUCCCUCUGAGUCUCUCUUCAUGAUUGUAAAGGCCACCAGUUAUGAUUUUUAAAAAACUUCCUAAACUCCUCUAUGAUAAAGAUAAGGUUGGAAUAUGAGCUGUAAUUUUGAACCUUUUGGAAAAUGAGUGGAAAAUUUUCCUUUUAUGCUUUUAAAUCUUCAUGCUUAGUUGAUCAAAACUUACCGAAUGCUGUUACUCAUUUUUAUUAUGGCAGUCAUCUCAAUACUGACAUCGUAAUAUAAGUAACAAUACAUGAGAAGUUCAAGAACUUAGCAUAUGCCAAAGUUUUAUCAUGGGUUUACACUCGGCGGAUGAUGUUGGAUUCUUAAAGUGGAAGCUCAAUAAGUUUAAAUUUAUUCUUGUCACUAUUUCAUUUUGUCCUUAAAUACAUCUCAUUGAUCAAAUUUUGUGGCCUUUGAAAAGAAUAAUACUAGAUCCACAUGUAAUGCGGUGUUGGUCCAUCGAUUAAAUGGGUUUAGUCAAAUUGAAUGGGUAUGCCAUCCGCAUGCUAGUCCAAGUCAUUUAUGUUACCUGCAUAUGCUCUGCUCUAAUCAUCUUUCUGGUACUCAAGCCAGUGACUUGAUAUAAGUUUGACUCAUUUAGUCUCUCUUGUAAGUCCUUAGAUCCCACACUUGGUCAAUCAGUACCGAUCGAUAUAGACACUAGACUUAUGGUCCUAUUUUUUCGCACCUUGUAAUUUCUUUACCAGUUCUUUCUAUACUUGCCUUUUAAUUAAUGAAAUCUUGUUGCUUUAACAAAAUGUCUUAGUUUUGCACAUUAGGACAGUGCACCACUAGCUACUAGGCUAUGACUACAUAAAAUUUUGCGGUAUCUUCAUUCAUAAAGAACAAUUAUCACCUGAAGAUAGAGCUUCUAGAAGUCAACUAUUCACUUGCACUUGUUGUGUGGAAUGUGCAAGGUGUGAUUCUGUUUGCGGCUAUGAAUCAUCUUGGGAAUCCUAGAUCACUCAGGAGAGAUACCUACCACCCCACAUACCAAAAAGAAAGAAAAAAAAGAAGAAUAAAGAGAGAAAGAAAGAAAAGCAAAAAGAAAGAUGAAGUGAGGCUUUCUCUCAACUAGUGUUUGUCCUGGUCAAACUGUCAGAUAUACGCAAAGAAGUUCAAUGCCCCAUUUGCUUAGGGAUCAUCAGGAAGACAAGAACUGUGAUGGAGUGCUUGCAUCGAUUUUGCCGGGAAUGUAUCGACAAAUCAAUGCGCUUGGGAAAUAACGAAUGUCCUGCAUGUCGUACACAUUGUCCAAGUCGGCGUUCUUUGAGGGAUGAUCCAAAUUAUGAUACCCUCAUUGCAGCUAUCUAUCCAGAUGUAGAUAAGUAUGAGGAGGAGGAACUGGCAUUUCAUGAAGAAGAAAAGAGCCGGAAUAAGCAGAUUCAAGCAACCAUAGCACAGACCUUCAGGCGCCAGUCCGAAGCGUAUGUUAAGCGAAAGAGCAGCGCAAAAGCCACCGCUGCUGCUUUUGUGAGGAAAGCAAACUACCGAAAUUCGAGACGGAAGAAUAGAAGUGGGCCCGAUUCGAGCAAUGCAGGCUCUGAUGAUGCUGAUGAGGAAACAAAUGGGAAUGAAGGGGCCAAAGAUUCCUCUUCAGCCGAUGAGCCCUCUCCUGAGGUCCGGCACAAGAGAUGCAGGAGGUGGGCGGGCACCAGGACUUCACAUGGCUCAACUAACAUUGAUGGUGGGUCUAAUGAGAAUGAAGAUAAUAAUGUUGAAGCGAGUAGAGAGAGCUCUGGGGCUUCUCCUUGUAUUGGAGGAAACCCGGAGAAGCUUUCUUGGGGCAAGGGUGGGGUCAGGAGCCAUACAAGGUAUGGGAGCGUGAGUGGAUCAUAUGAGAAGAACCAAAGGAACAGGCGCAUUGCAAGGAUUAUGGAUUACUUUUUCAACAAAUCAAUGGAGGAGAAUGAAGAUGAGUUCGAUAUACAUCUUACACUUGUACCUUGGGACGAAGAAAGUAUCCCGAGUUUGCAGCGACCUUAUAUUUGCUGCCGGCCCACAGUGACUGUCAAUUACUUAUGUCAAUAUAUUGCUGUCGAGACAUCUGUUAAAGCAGAGGACCUUGAACUCAUGGUAAGGAAAUCGAGAGAUGGAAUGCUGAGUGAUUGCCUAUCUCAACCAGACCCUUCAACGUCCGCCGAUCAAAAUCCUCGUCCCUCAGAAAAUGAAAAUCUGCAAAUACUGCCAACACAGGAAACAUUGGCAGCGCUGCAUGCUUGUUACCCCUGCUCUCGUGGUGAUCUGGUUUUGAUAUAUCGACAAAAAUCAACGAACCCCAUCGAAUGAGCUGGCCAUGUUCCAUUGCGAUGUGGCAUAGGUGCUGUACAUAUUAUCAAGAAAUGAAGACCAGAGCUUUGGUGCCUUGUGAAUGGUUCCAGGUAUGCACAGUUUGGAACUAUAAAAUCUAAUGCCACCCCUAAUUUGGACAGGGGUUCCAAGUUUUGGGGGUGAAAUUUGUGUGGCUAACCUAUAUGGCCAAGUUUAGAUAAAAGAUCCGAAUGCCAGCAGGGCUUGAUUUUCUAGCUGACUCAUUUGUAGCUAAUUUGGCAAUGGCAAUGUGUGCCUUCUGCAAAUGUGGGGUGUUGUGACCUUUUGGAUGAUCUAUAACGAGUGUAAUUCUUUCAAACCUGAAUGGCCCGGUUAGUUGGGCCCAAGUUUGGUGAACCUUAAUAGUGAUAUUUUUGGUGUCUGAUA